UUUAUUUUAAUAGACUGUAGAGCUCUAUCGCAACGCUAUUCAGUGUUCUUUUUUUCUAGGGUUUUUCAGUUUUCUCAAAGUCAGAUUCGAACCGAACCACAUUGGGCUUAGUCCAUUUCCAGGAAACAAGAACUUUGUCUUCUGUUAAGCCCGACGGCCGACAAAAAAACAUGGCUUUACAGACGCUAAGGUUCCUUUUAAGACCAAAUCGGCCGGCUUUAAAGAUUUUUGAUCACUUGCUUGUUGCAAGGCCAUUGACGCUGUCUUCACAUUUGCUCUUGCACCAAAAAAGAUCUGUAUCGGACACAAGAGCUAUCAAUAUUGAAAAGGAGAGUUUUCUCCAAAAUCUGGUAAACCGUCUGAGGCUCCAGUUGAAAAAAUAUAAACUGAGAUCCAGUGGAUACCUACUUUAUGAAUCGAUAGCAGACCAUAUCGACUAUGAUACUUUUACAAUUGAGAUGAACCUUCCGGACACUUUCCACACUUGGUUUGUCAUCACGGAACUACAUGUGUGGAUGCUUAUGGCUCGGCUUAUGGUAGAGGGAGAAGAGGGUAAAUUUGCUCGGAACUGUCUGGUAGAAGCGCUUUGGCAAGACGUGUCUGCUCGGGCUAAAAAUCUUGGUCAAGAACAUCCGUCUAUAAUAAGAAAACAAAUUAUUAUUUUAAACGAGGAAUUUCAAGCUGCACUUGUCAGCUACGACGAGGGGCUUCUCGGCGAGGACAGAGUUUUGGCAAAUGCGCUUUGGCGGCGUUUUUUUGACAGAUCUUGUGACAAUGUAGUCUUGUUGGAAGCCAUGGUUAAAUAUGUGAGGCAAACUAUGUUUCUCCUUGAUAGGAUGAACAUUGAAGAUUUAUUGUUCAAAAGAAACAUCAGAUGGGUCACCAAAACUGAAUUGUUCGAAGACCUUCCUCCGAAGUAGUUUUUUAAAUCAGUAGUGACUGUAAAUACUUAUAGGUUUUGCUAUUAUUGCUUGUAAAAUGCAAAUAUUAAUCUGUGAUUUGUACAGUUUAUUAUAGUUACAGUAAUAAAUACACUAAUACUUA